CAUGCUGAUGACGUGUACACUCUAGCCAGGUAGCUAGCGUAGCCACCUGUCAGAUUAAGAGUUUAAAGUACAAGUAAAGAUAUAAGAAGGAGGGACACAAAGCGUUUCGUUAGAUCCAUACAAAAAUGGAGUCGCUUUACCACCAGACGAACAAGCAGAUCCAGGAGGUGCAGAGUCUGAUGGGAACCCUGGAGAAGACAGACCCUCAGUCAGUGCACUUGUUAGAGAAUGAACUACAGGCUAGAAAUGACCAGAUCUUCAGUCAUCUAGAACGCCUUGAGAUCCUGGCCAGCAAGGAACCACCGAACCGCCGCCAGAACGCCAAAUUACGAGUGGACCAGCUUAAGUAUGAUGUUCAACACCUGCGGUCUGCGCUACAUAACUUCCAACACCGACGCUACACCAGAGAGGCCCAGGAAAGAGAGAGGGAGGAACUCAUGAGCCGCACCUUCACCACAAAUGACGCAGACACUUCUAUCCCCAUAGACGAGACCCUGCAGUUAAACUCCAACUUGCACAACGCACACCGAGGCCUUGAUGACCUCAUCGGCAGUGGCAGCAGCAUUAUCAAUGGAUUGAGGGAUCAGAGAUCUACAAUUAAGGGGACCCAUAAGAAGAUGCUGGAUGUGGCCAACAUGUUGGGCCUCUCUAACACAGUGAUGAGACUUAUAGAAAGGCGAGCAACCCAGGAUAAGUUUAUCAUGAUUGGAGGCAUGUUGUUGACCUGCGUCUUCAUGUUCCUGGUGAUCAGAUACCUCGGCUGAUCAUCGUCCAUCCACAACUAAUCAGACUUGGACAUUUCUGCAGCGCCUCAUCCCAGAUGAUAUGAAUCUAUAAUUACAUUAAAGUUGUUUUUUUAUAAAUGGUGCAAUUAUGUUUUUUUUUUUCUGAGAUGUUUUUUUAAUUUUAUUUAGGAUUUUUGCUAAAUAGUAAGGUUGAAGAAAACCUUAAUUCUAAACAGUAUUUUACUCCAUGAGAGCUCUAAGACUGUAAAACCUGACCAUUCUUUCUCCUGAUUUACUGCCAUGCAUCCACUUUGAUGAAAACCACUGUUAAAAACUGUAAACCAGAAUGCUCUUGGUUUUAUUCCCUAAAUACUAAUUGUUUUGUUUUCUAAGAUUGUCAAUGUGUCCAACCUUUCCUUGUUGAGCAUGCAUCAUUUUCAAAUAUAGGAGUACAACUGUGGAAAUAUUAUGCUCCAUGUUUCAUUGUUUUGCAGCUUAAAAAUACCCCCAAAAUGACCUGUUUCAUGUAGUAUUGAGUAAACUGAGUUGUCAGCUUAUUAGGUACAACUGGCACAGACUGAUUUAAAACAGCUUCAAGAACAAAUAAAGUGGGGAAAGACAAGAGUGAUGUGGUAUAACGAUCAGAGAUAAUCCACAUCUCUCUUUGUUUUCACAAUACAGUUAUGAAAGUGGGAUUUCUUUUUUAGUUCUUUAAGUAUUGUUAGGGUACAUGUGCCUAAUAAACUGGCAACAACCUUCUGUAGCCACGGUUAAAAACCGGAAACAGGAUAGAUGUUCUGUUAAAAAAAAAAUGAAAGCAGCCGUCUUUUGCGAUUGUUUUGGCUUUCCUCUAUGCGGCUUGAGUCUCACUAUGUGAGGGAUUUAUAUCUAACAAAAUAAAAAAAAUGCAUGAUUGA